GCGGUUAGUACUUAGCACCACCACCACCACGUCGUUUCAUCUCAGCAGACAUCAGUUGUUGUCACUUCUAAUCUUCCACUAUUAGUAGUACGGUUGCCACACUGCUAGCCAAUCCACUUCGAUUGGUUCCACCGCGCCUACCGAGUUUCCCUUGCUAGGCAGUAGAGAGAGUCUGUGAUCGAGAGAGAAGAGGAUCGAGCAGCUAGCAAGCCGGCGGGCGCCAUGGUGCUCUCGCACGCGAGCUCCGGCCGGGACGACGCCGUGCGCUGCACCUUCGCGACGCGCUACGCCUGCGAGACGCUGCCGCGGUUCAGGAUGCCGGAGCAGUCGAUCCCGAGGGAGGCGGCGUACCAGAUCAUCAACGACGAGCUGAUGCUGGACGGGAACCCGCGGCUGAACCUGGCGUCCUUCGUCACCACGUGGAUGGAGCCCGAGUGCGACAAGCUCAUCAUGGACUCCGUUAACAAGAACUACGUCGACAUGGACGAGUACCCUGUCACCACGGAGCUCCAGAACCGUUGUGUGAAUAUGAUAGCUCACCUGUUCAAUGCACCAAUCAAGGAGGAUGAAACAGCUAUUGGAGUUGGGACGGUGGGAUCCUCAGAAGCAAUUAUGCUUGCAGGACUGGCAUUCAAGAGGAAGUGGCAAAACAAACGGAAGGAACAGGGGAAGCCAUGUGACAAACCCAACAUUGUUACUGGUGCUAAUGUUCAGGUUUGCUGGGAGAAAUUUGCCAGAUAUUUUGAAGUAGAACUGAAGGAGGUUAAGCUCAGUGAAGGAUACUAUGUCAUGGAUCCUGUAAAGGCUGUUGAAAUGGUGGAUGAGAACACUAUAUGCGUUGCGGCCAUCUUGGGCUCUACUCUCACUGGAGAGUUUGAGGAUGUUAAGUUAUUGAAUAAUCUCCUAACAGAAAAGAAUAAGGAAACUGGGUGGGAUGUGCCAAUUCAUGUUGAUGCAGCAAGUGGAGGAUUUAUAGCACCUUUUCUAUACCCUGAGCUUGAAUGGGACUUCAGGCUACCACUGGUGAAGAGCAUCAAUGUCAGUGGGCACAAGUAUGGCCUUGUGUAUCCAGGUGUUGGUUGGGUCAUUUGGCGAAGCAAAGAGGAUUUGCCUGAAGAACUCAUUUUCCAUAUAAACUAUCUGGGGACAGACCAGCCGACGUUCACUCUGAACUUCUCCAAAGGUUCCAGCCAGAUAAUCGCACAGUACUAUCAACUAAUACGCCUGGGAUUCGAGGGAUACAAGAACAUCAUGCAGAAUUGCAUGGAGAACACAGCAAUACUAAGGGAAGGCAUAGAGGCGACUGGUCGAUUCGAAAUCCUCUCCAAGGAGGCCGGUGUGCCCUUGGUGGCGUUCUCGCUCAAGGACAGCGGCAGGUACACCGUGUUCGACAUCUCCGAGCACCUGAGGAGGUUCGGCUGGAUCGUGCCGGCGUACACCAUGCCGGCCAACGCCGAGCACGUCGCCGUCCUCCGCGUCGUCAUCAGGGAGGACUUCAGCCGGAGCCUCGCCGAGCGGCUCGUCUCGGACAUCGUCAAGAUCCUGCACGAGCUGGACGCCCAUUCGGCCCAGGUGCUGAAGAUCUCCAGCGCCAUCGCGAAGCAGCAAUCGGGCGACGAUGGCGUGGUCACCAAGAAGAGCGUCCUGGAGACCGAGAGGGAGAUCUUCGCGUACUGGAGGGACCAGGUGAAGAAGAAGCAGACCGGAAUCUGCUAGUGUGGCUCUGUGAGAAAUGCUUGAAUAACGUGGCAUGCUCGAUUUGUGCAUGGGAUGGCCGGAUCGGAUGGGACUGACUGGCGGUGUACGGACAUGGCUGCCCUUGUUCUUAUGUUGAACUGUUGAUGUAGAAAAAUGUGUGGCCUUUGUAUGGUUGUAAGCCAUCUACGUACCAUGGACUUCAGCUAUUUGGUGGUUUGUUUUCAACUUUUCCAUGUACACCUGGGGCUUGCCAAUCUCCUUCCUCCUCUUUUUAAUCUCUAUAAUUAUGGGCAAAGUUUUAUUAUUA